AUGACGACAGAGGCGCGCCUCCAGCGCCAGUUGGAUCACAAUAGGAAGCUGCGCGAGCAAUUCGAGCGUAACCGUAUCUCAGUCUCCCAAGCCAGCAUACUCUUGAUUCAGUACUGCCAAACGAAGAGGGAUAUGCUCAUCCCAACCGUCUGGGGUGACUUGGAUGUCAAGGAUGAUCCCUUCGAGGCCAAGACUGCAGGAUGCGGAUGCUCUGUCAUGUAG